AUGCCAUGGUCAGCAACUCAACAAAAAAGGCUUGCACUCGAGAAAAAUAUUCUCGAGAAGUACUUCGGUAACAGAGUUUCAUGGAUCAAUCCAACUGGCGAUACGAAGGUUGAAGUAAGAGUGACAACCACCAAUGAUAAACAGUAUACACUCAGGGUAUAUCUUCCUGGAGAUUUCCCGAAUUCAUGCCCGAAGAUGAUAGUCAGUAACCCUUCGUCCUGUCUGAGAACGAGAAGCGGUUUUUCGCUAAGCGGUGUGUGUGGGAAUAACCAUACAUUGGGCAGCAUUGAUGGUUGCACUCAGAUCUGCCAUUUUAACUCGUCCCUGUGGAAAGAUAACAACACACUGUACCAAGUGGUUAUGAAAGGGCUGAUAUGGCUGGAGGGGUACGAAGCACAUCUUCGCACUGGGCAACCUUUGAGUAAAUACUUGCAAGAGAUGUAAACAAAUCGGCUGAGGACAGGAAAAAAACUGAGGAUCGGGACAAACAUUUCUGUGACAAUACCAUUUCUACCUGAGCCUAAAGCUUGAUCCUUCGGUAUCGGUAAAUUCCAUUGAUUAUUGUUUAGAUUUAAACCUGGAUAAAGUUUAUUUUUUAAAAUGCUGGCUAAACCUUCACCUCCGCGCUUUGAAGUCCAGAUUGUAAUUAUAAUAAUUAUUAUUACCAUUUUUCUUUGUGUCGCUUUCCUGUAUUAUUCGAUUUCUGUCAAUUUUUUUGGAGUCUGGCGAAGGGUCUUACUCUCUAGAGUGUUAGCAAUAUCGUGGAAGACUCCAUCACAUCCAGUGACCUCCAAAAUACAUUUGCACAAUCCAGAAGGCGUCUUGGAAGGUUGCUUGAAAGCCUUUUAUUUCGAUCGCUUUCGUUUCUAUAUUCGAAUGAUUUGCGUUAGAAAUAGGAUCUUAUGUAAGAACCUCUUAUCCCUCGUAUUGAUUUCUUUUCAUAUCAAUCGGUACAAUCGCAAAUUGCGCGGGCACGCUUUCAAAAUUUCACCUGUUUUGACUUUCUGAGAUGUUUUUUCACGUACAUUAUUAACAAUUAACGACGUGAUUUCUCUUGCAAUUUUUGUAAUAAGCACUUGUGAAUUUUUCAGAGACUACAAAUUGUACUUGCCAUACGGGCUCGUACAGUUCUGUUGUCCUUGAAAAUUUACUUGUGCUUAUUAGCACCAAUUUCUUUCGAAAUCGUGUUUUUACCUAUAUUUACAUGAUCCAGAGAUCCAACGAUUCACUCGAACUGACGUUAGCCAAACUAUCUGCAGACGGAAGUUUUCAGGAUUGGGUUCCGUAAAUGCCAGAGUUUCUCCUAAUGUUUGACGAACUCAAGAUCUCAAAAGUGCACGCUUGGAAGUACGUCGACGAAGAAGGCUUGAACAAGUAAACAUUUAACAUGGCAAUCUUAAUUACGAGCGACAAAAGUUGUACAAACCGAAAGUCUUUACAUUGGCCUUCAUACCUCCCAAAGAUUAUCAUCUCUGCCAAAAGAUUGUUCUAAAAACAGUGUCGAAGCUAAGAGGUGUGACAAAAAACUUUUUAACCAUGGAGCAGCGAACGAACUCGCUAAAUUAGCAAACUGUUUUAUCCAACACCUUAAAAACUCUAAAUUAACUGCAUCUAUAAUACUUUACAAUUUUUCAUCAAACAUUUCUUUAAAAUGGGAUUAGAGGGCUCAAUGACAACUAGUAUCAACUGUAUAUAAUCUUAGGAUCUUUUCUUUUUGUCUAACAGGAAUAUCUACACUAAAUACGUAUCAAUUCGUCGAUUUAAGUCGAAUGAAUAUUAAGUCGAUCAAUUUUUGGAAUUUUCCGUGUUUCUUACUAAAGUUAAGGGGCGAUGUUAAUAGCAUGGACCCUAUAAUUUUGAAAGCAGCAUUUCUCUCAGAAGUUCGAUUAUAUCGAGGGCGUUGACGACGUGAUGUUUAAAUGUCUUCAUGAAAAAAGGAGUGAAUUAAUAAAUGUAGUUUGCGUACAUGAAAAGUACAAAGACAUAAUCAUGUGACCUCAUAUGGUAGUGCAACCUUGCUCGGGGUGGACAUGACGUAACGAAAUUGCUCGAGGCAUUUUAUUCCCUCGAAUUGCUUUCUUUGCGCACGAGCAUAUCAUUCCUAAUUUAAAAACAACAUAACUCCCAACUAUAUAUCCCUCACUUAAACUGGAGAAUCACUACUGUGCAGUGUAACUGAAUACUAAUAUUCAUUGAUAGCAAAAAUAAUGCAAAGUGGGGAGUGUGCACUCACGCAUUUUCAUUCCGCUUCGAAGAAAUGAUACAUUUAACUCUGUUGGUUAGUUGGAUUUUUCAAUCUCUUGUUAUGGACUUAUCAUCUUCUUAGGCGUAGAAAUAUUCUCAGCUUCGAAGACGAAAUGAAUAGCGGGUAUUUACCAGCUUUUUCAAGAUUCCAUGAAACGAGUGUUGUUUGCGGAUGGCCUUAAGGCCAUCCGCAAACAACACUCGUGGAAACAAAACACUCGUUGAGUGGAAACAAACAUCUUGUUCGAUUCCAAGAAGAACUUGAGUCAAACUACCGGUCUUUCCAAGAAAAAAAAUAUAAUUAGAAAACAAAAACAGAUUGAACACGUGUUUUUUUAAGUGUAUACGACAUUUUUAUCAUAUUUUUAAGGAUCUUUCCUCUGAUGACUUUCAUAUUUCUCUCAUCCUUUUAUUGGGUAAGUUUACAAGAGUUCUGGGUCCACUUCAAUACGGUCCGUUCCGCUCCGGCUCAUUGCAAAGUUCACUCGCGCUCCGAUAGAGUUCUUGGGCAUGAAAAAUUUUGAAUGAUACAUGGAACUUGAACCAUGACCGCGUAAUAAUGGAUAUGUAAACAGCAUGUUCGCCAAAAUUUCGAGAGCGUUCCGAUUGUUAUCGUCUUUUGUUUGAACUACCGUACUAUGCAAUGUGAUUUUGAGAUAUGCUAGACUAUUACGUUAGGGUAAAAAGAGUAACCUUUUCUUUUCCUUUCCUUGUCGUGCACAAAAGUCUGUUGUAUUGUAAACAAAGUUUUCCGUGAAAAACGCCCACGCAUCAUUUACUUUUUAUCUUUCUGAAUUUCCAAGAGCCACGCAAUGCCAUUUACGCAUGUUUCAAUUUCUUAGAAAACUGAAAUGUGAUGCGAAAGCGCUAGCUAAAGCAAAGCGGUUCGGAAAUACUUGUUCGCGACACUCACUGGCUUUGAAUUUAGCGAGUAAUCCUCGUUUGAAACUUGUACAGACAAACUAAAAGUUGCCUUUGUCUUUCUUCAAAAUGCCGUGGUCAACAACUCAGCAAAAAAGGCUUGGAUUCGAGAAAAAUAUUCUCGAGAAGUACUUCGGUAACAGAGUUUCAUGGAUCAAUCCAACUGGCGAUACGAAGGUUGAAGUAAGAGUGACAACCACCAAUGAUAAACAGUAUACACUCAGGGUAUAUCUUCCUGGAGAUUUCCCGAAUUCAUGUCCGAAGAUGAUAAUCAGUAACCCUUCAUCCUGUUUGAGAGCGAAAGACGGUUCUCCGCUGAGUGGUGAGAGUAGUCGAAACCAUACAUUGAGCAGCAUAGAUGGUUGCACUCAGAUCUGCCACUUUAAGUCGGCCUUAUGGAAAGAUAGCAACACACUGUACCAAGUGGUUAUGAAAGGGCUGAUAUGGCUAGAGGGGUACGAAGCACAUCUUCGCACUGGACAACCUCUGAGUAAAUACUUGCAAGAGAUGUAA